AUGCUCGCUGAUCCUAAUCUUCAGUAUGCAGAUAUUCAAGCGUGUUGCUCGUGCCUAGGAUUUCGUGAGGGUGAUACUUACAAAGUUGAUUCAGAUGCUGAAGUUUCCAUUCGAACUUUGUUACGUUACUUACGAAAUGAAACUGCUGAAUGUAAUAUACGACGUGAAUUAGGUCAACUUCGCAUUGUAUCAAGUGAUCUCGUACCACUUGUUCGUUGUUGUAGCGAGAACAAAAUACUAUUUGAGUUGGUUAUUCGUCUUCUUAUGAAUUUGACUCAACCUGCCAUCAUAUGUUUCCGUCAGGAGAUACCAAAAGAUCGCGACCACUACAGUGCUUUUCUGCAAGUCGAUGAUCUUUUAAAAUCUUACAAAAAGGACUUUGCAGAUGAAGAAUUCUUUCGAGUACUGUGCAAUGUGGUGGGGAUUUUGCUAGACAAGAAUUGGGAAGAAAGAAGUGAAGAAGACCGCCUUCUUAUUGAGCGUAUAUUGAUUUUAGUGCGUAAUAUACUGCAUAUAACUCCCGAUAUCACCAAUGAACGGCGCACUGAUGAAGAUGUUUCUGUCCACGAUCAAAUUUUAUGGGCAAUGCAUUUAUCCGGUUGGGAUGAAUUGCUACUAUUUUUGGGAAAUUCUGAAGAUGAACAAAUGUUUGCCUUCCAUACCCUUGAAAUUAUAUCAUUAAUGUUGAGAGAACAGACUCCUGAGAUUCUCGCCUAUGCUGGAAAUGCUGCAGAAAAUCAGUCUGAGUUGAAUACACAGAGAGAGCUUAUUGAAAGAUUGAAAAAUCGAAACGAUACUGAACGAAAAAACUUUUUGUACGGCUGUAAUUUAAGAUACGCCCGAUUCGGUGGUGCCUUUGAGUUGGGUAACACACCGUCCUUGAGUGAACGACCACUUAUUUAUCACCACGACAUUACACGUACAGCCAGAAUGACGGCAUCAGGCGAUAACAAUUUAGAUAAUACCAAACAAGUGGAAGAUAGUGUUGAUAUUGUUCAGUUGGAUAUAGGGAAAAGAAAAUUUCGCAAACCUAAAAAUCGUAAACCUUUAGUUGACCGAUCAGUGCACAGGCGUUCAAUUUUGGCUGUGCAGUUAUAUCUUCAGAGAUUCUGUUGGCAGUUCCUGAAGUUCUGUUAUAAUCCAAUCAUGCGCGUUGUCCAAGCCGGUUUAACUCGUCAGGCUGCUCAAGAGAACGAUGAAACUUAUUUCCUUUGGACAAUGCGAUUCUUCAUGGCCUUCUGUCGGCUGUAUCGAUUCCGUUCAGACUACGUAAGUGAAACUCUUACUGUUUCAAUUUUCCACUGGAUAUAUGACCAAGUGAUGAAUUAUCGAGAAAAUUUAUCUAUGAAUAGACGUGGUGGUGCUUCCAAUCAACGCGCAAUGCAAGCAGCUCGGCGCUUAGAACUUGCUGUAUCAUCUUAUAGAGAAUUCUUAAAUUGUUUAAAUCGUAUGCUGAAUGUAACUGCAACAGAUAGAACUGUUCAACCAGAAAGUGAAGAAACACCAGAGGAUAUUGAAGAACGUUUAUGUCUACAAGCCAGUGUUGCUGAAUCGAUAGGGGGCAGCGUAUUCCACGUUUCUGAAUAUCAAGAAGUAUUUCCUAUCCUUCUCAGAGACUACAGUGAAAUAUUUAUGUCAAAGGAUUACCUACGAGAUUUGGUUGAAGGCUCUCAUUUGUUCAUAACCUUACUGGCUAAAAAGUUUUGUAUCAAUGGAAAGAAACUCAUAGUAAAACGAAAACGCCACAGAAGAAAACGUCAAUCAAGGCCUAAAAAGAAGUCUAGUGAUGAAAACAAUAUUUUAAAUCAAGAACCAGAAUCAGUGAGAGUUAAACGCCUUGAACAACAGUGGUCCGGUCAAUUAGAAGGUCCCCUCAUACAGCUAUUACUCGGUUCUACAUCAGAAGACAAUGAACAUAAUGAAAGUGACGAUGAUAUGAACGAUACAAGACUUUUCGAUACGUCUGCGGGGAAUAGUGAAGAUCAACAGCUGAAGUCAGCUAUUCGUCGGGUCAAAGCUGCUUUAUUUGCAGGUUCAGCCAAGACCGCUCUAGCAAUGGCUAGAAGAAUGUGGCGCCUUUGGCCAGAAGUUGCUCCAAUUUCAGUUGAAGAAGACAACCCAGCUGUUGAUGCUGGACGGGCUGCUGGACUACCUCCUGAAUGCCUAAAUAUACUCGGUGCCUUACGGCAAAUUCAUGUGACAGAAUUAGAAGAAGAAGAGGAAGAGGCAGCAGGUGAUGAAUCUUCAUUGGAUGGUAGUGAUGAUGACCUUUACAACGAAGAACUUGGUAUUGAUGAUCCUAAUGACGAACAAUUAGUUACGCGUGAGGAAGAAGUAGUACUUGACUUUAGGACAUUUCUCUUGAAAUUUGUACAUCCACGUGUUAUACAUGCGUACACUUUACUAUUAGAAAAUUAUGAUACUAAUCCUCGAACAACUAAUAAUGCCAUAGUUCAUACUUUUCAUCGAUUGGCUGUACGUGAACACUUGCCUGGGAGUUUUUUUCAAUUACGUUUAUUCCGCGUAUUUCAAAAAUUUCUUCGCGAUCGUGGUUUAGCUACCUCUCCAGAAUUUAAAGAAUUAGCAAAUCUUAUCAAGUAUAUUUUAAGGAAAUUUUUUGAAGCUUAUGAAAAGAAUAACUAUCUAGUGAUCGAAGCACUCUUCUUUAAGACUGUCAAAGAAAGCUAUGAGACUGUUCAAGGAUAUGGUACUUUUGAGGACAAAAAGAAAACUAAUCAUUGGACUAGUGAGCAAGACAAAGAAUUAACGCAACUGUUUGAAGCCUAUCGUCAUGAUCCUGUACCUAAAGGCAGCGACUUAGCUGACUUAAUUGUUAAACACUUCUCAGAUUCCAGUAGAACUCGUCGACAAAUUGUUUCCAGAUUAAUUACAUUAGGUUUGAUAAUAUCUGCCAAACAACUUAAAGAAAUCACCAUUCGACCAGCGAAACCUUUCAAUAAACAUAAUCACCGACGAACCACUGAGAGUCAAUCUGAGUGGACUGAAGAAGAAAUAGCUCGUUUGAAAACCAUAGUUGAUUUACAUAGAGAUUCAAAAAAUAUGCUUACCGAAAUUAUGAAUGAAAUAAAGGUGGAUCAUGAUCUAGCUGUUCAGCGUCGUUCAGAACAGGAAAUAACCGCAGAAGAUGAAGACCUUAGAGAUUAUAUUCCACCAAUCCGUCCGCGGCGUAUGGUUAUUGCCAAGAUUCUUGAACUUGGUCUUGUUGCAGAUGAAAGUAUAUUGACAAAAACUAUUCACAAGAGAAAACCAAAAGAUAUGUGUAACACUAAUCCGGACGUUUUACUAAAACAGAAAAGGAAAAAAAUGCGUAAGAGAAAACCUUCUACAUCAUCAGAAGAGGAAGCAUCAUAUCAUGAGGAACAUAGUCCUCAUGACUCAAGUACAGAAAACGAGACUGAAGGUUUGAACGGGCCAGCAUAUAAUCCCCAUGUGAUUGAAUCUAACCAUUCGUCAAGUGAUACACAGUCUGAAACUCACCGAACUUCCAGGAAGAGCCUUACAACUGGUAUCGUUUCACCGGAUCCAAACAUGGGAUCUCCAGAAGUUCCAAUUAACAAAAGAAGACGACUGUUGUCUUCGAGUUCCUCAGACGACACUGAUAAAAAUAAGUCUGAUGUAGAUUGUUCCGAACAAUUCACUGAUAUACUGCCAUCUGACGAUAAAUACGGAGGGAAUCUUACUCGCAAAGUUCAUCUGUUUUCUUCAGACUCCGAAUGA